GCCUGAAGUGAGGAUUCCUUAAUGCCAGAUUUUUCUGUGUCUUCACUGCAAACGUGUUUUUGUGCUGCAGGAAAUGACUUCAAUGAGAAAAUAAUUCCAGCAUGGAGUAAGAGCUUCUGACAGAGACCAAGUGUUGCCAGCACUUGCUCCAGGUGCUCCUGCCAGCAGCCCCUGCAGGCAGGGGCACAGCCCCCAAUGCACAUGGGGUGCAUUGCAUUUGGCUCCCUGUGGCACAGAAGCCCCCCAGGGGCACCGGUCUCUGGGGCAGGAGACGGGCACCAGCGCUGCCAGGGCUCGGGGGGUGGCAGGGCUGCUUGGGCGGGGACUCUGCCACACCUGCUGAUGUCAGCGCUCCCCGGGCCCCAGGGCUCAGAGCAGCGUUCGUGCCCUGGCCCACACGUUCCUUGUCCCUGUCACAGCCGCGGGUUUAGGAUGGCCACCAGCCGGGACUUGUCCCAAGGAGGCCGUGGCAGCUUCCGUGGAAGGCCCCGUGCCCUUCCCAGCGCGGCUGCGUCGGCAGCCCUGGGGGCUCCUUGUGCUGCCCUGAGCCCGCAGAGCAGGGCAGGCUUUGCUGAUGCUCUGAGCCGUUCCUAAAGAUUUUGCAGGGCUGUCUCAGACACUUGGGGCCAGGGAUUCCUUCCAACCUGGGCCACAUUGGGUGGGCUGGGGGCAGCCCCAGGGCAGGUGACAGUGUGUGCAAGGGCCCAUUGUGACACGCUGCAGCAUGGUCACCGUGGCAUAGAACGGGACAGGGUGUCCUUUGUGACACAUAGUGACACAGGAGCUGGCAGUGACCAGACCACAGCACAGUGCUCUGUGCAUACAGCUGUACAGCACGCAACAGAGCGGUGCCGUGAGGAGCCCCCGCGCAGCGCACUUGUUCAUUGCUGACCUGGAGUUUUCCUUGACCUUACUGUUGUUGCAGGUGACCUCGAGGCCAGACCACAGGACUUGGUGACCCGUGGCCUUCUCGGGACUUGUCUUCUGCAGGUGCCCUCGAGGGCAGACCGUGGGACUGGGUGACUCGCAGCUUCUCCGAGGCAUCUCCCAUCCUUGCGGCCGGUGCCCUUGAGGCCAGACUGUUGUACUUGUCAACUCAGAGCUCUUCCAAGGCCUGUCUCUUGCAGGUGCUCUCGACACUAGAUUUUGGGAGAAUGGCAGAGAAACGCCAAGGCCUGUUCAGGGGAAAGAAGAACAAAGGCUCUUCAGCUGCCCCAGCAAAGCAGCGUGAUGUGACACCACGGUCCCAGCCACUGCAGGGCGAUGCAGGGAAGAAGCAGGACCCCGCUCAUGGUGGCUUCAGCAAAACACUGACGAAUUUCAUUAUGUGUAGAAAGACUGCAGAUACAGAGGAUGCAGACAAAUUUGACGACAGGCGAACUGAUGUUAGCACAGCGUCAAUUGAAUGUGCAGAAAUGAGUAAUUACGUAGUGAAGGCUGACCAGGUGCCAGAAAUGGUGAGGAUUAUGCACCAGAGACUUGAGUCCCCUGUGACUGCUGAUGUCAGGCUAUUCAUGAACAUUCUGAGGAUGGCAGAAGAACACCCUGCUGGUGUGGUGCUGACCCUCCUGCGCUGUGCCCCAACGUGUGACAGAGCUGCUACAGUGAUGUGGAGAACCAUAGGCUCGUCGAGUCCCACAGUGAAAAAGGUGCUGCCAACGCUGCUCUGUGUGAUGGAGGACUGGCCUCAGCACAGCAUGUUCACCUCUGAUGGGGAUGACACAGAUGUUUUUGCCCUGGCUGCAACUCUGGUGAUCUGGGUGAUUGUCCAGGUGCCCAAGUGCCAUGAGGCAAUGCACAGAUAUGCCCCCGAGCUGCUCAUGGCUCUGGUAGUUCAAAUUUGCGACAGCACAGCGCAUACUUCUGAGGAGGUUGACACCUUUUGGAAGCAAUGCCAGGAAGAACACCACCUUAGCACAAACCCCAGCAGGUUUGCAGUGCAGACUAUGAAGGCUCUGCUCUGCCGACUGCGUUGUGACAAUGUGGUCAUGGAAAUGGCACGCAAGCAUGGCUGGGACACUCUGCUGUGUGCUGACACCCAGUACUACGCUGUGGGUCUGCUGGCCAGGGAGAUGUGCCGUGACUCCAUGCCCUUGUGUUCUCACAUUGCACUCCACCUGCUUGGGCUGCUCAGCACAGAAGGGCAUCGCUGCGAGCUGCCCUUCCUGGCGUUCCUGGUGGAGGUCCUGCAUUGUCUGGACAUGGGUAAAUGUGGUGGCACCAUACUGGAGAUGAUAUCAAGGCACCUGCAGAGCGAGUGCAGGGAGCGGCGUCGCCUGGCGCUCAGAGGCCUCGUGGUGCCCAGCAACGAUCCCUCGAUGGCCAGAAGAAUAGGCAUCCUGUCUCAACAGCUUGUGGAUGUUCUGGGUGAUGCAGAUGGAGAGGUGGUCAGCAUGAGCCUCUGUGUGUUCACGAAUGUGCUCCAGCACCAAGACAUCCUGGUAUCCAGCACCACCGCCCCAAAGCUAGCUGAGGCACUUCUACCACUCUUUGACCAUGACAGCAGCCAUGUGCAGCUGCUCUCCAUUCAACUCUUCUGCAAGGUGAUGGAAUUGGUAGUGGAUGAGGGAAAAAAGCCCCUGAAGACAACUGUCAACCAGAGCCUGCUCCCCCUCUUCUUGCACUGCCAUGAGGAGAACCAGCGUGUGGCAAAAGCUUCUCGGGAAACGCUGCUUCGUGCAGCUGGGUUCCUGAAGAAGAGGGGUCUGAUGCAGAUGGUGAAGAAGGACAAGCUGUCAAAGUUCGGCAAGUGCCUGCUGGCAGAGGACAGGAGCCGAGCGGCCGAGCACCUGCGCCGGGCCCUGCCCUACCUGCAGAGCCCACAGGAGCCCCUGCGAGAGGCGGCCGUCAGGUUCAUGGGGACGGCCGGGCGGUACCUGAAGGGACAGCCAGCAGAGCUUCACGUUCUCACUCAGGCCCUUGAAGCCAUGAGCAAAGAUGACAGCCCAUCCUCUACUAACCUGGAAAUUCGGGCAAUUUUUGGACAAAGAUCUGCAGAACUAAGAUCAUCUGCUGGGUUCAGAGAACCAGGGUCCCAAGAAGAGUACCAGGAGACAGUGAAGAGAGCACCACCACUCAAUGUCACUGGAGCUCCAGGCACAGCUGAUGCUGGCUACGGCUGAACCUGUGCGAAGCUCCCCUAGCUCCUGCCUUCCCCCUCCCUGUUGACAGCUCCCUCUCUCCAGCCCUCAGACCCUGCCCAUCCCCCCCCUUUUUUUUUUGCCCCCAUCUCAUCCCUUCACUUUCCCUUCCAUUAAUAAACAGUUUGGUUCCCCCCCCC